AUGCGCUACCUUACCACCAAUAUUCCUCUGUUGCUCACUGCAUCGGCUACUCUCAUCUCCGCUCAAGAUGCAACUAUCACAGCAGCGCCGGCAAUGAGCACAAGCGGCAACUCGAAUUGCGCUAAUCCACACUGCUACGAGGACUGUCCCGAUGAUCCAGACCAUUUCGCCGCUGAACUACUUAGUGAACAAAUUUGCGCGACCGAUAACGCAUACAACAAGGGUCAAACGUCCGUGGCAACAACCUGGACCACCCCUGGCGCCAACCCCGCCGAGGCGACCGCCACAGGUGCCAGUACUACAACCGCAGGUGACGGCUCGUCAUCUACUGGUGGGCGGACGAAAGCGGCGAGUACUUCAGAGGGGGCUGCGACUGUGAAGGCUGUUGGUAACUUGCUAGCCUUCCUAGAGUUGGGGCUAGUUAUGGGCUUGGUUUAA